AUGUCUUUCUUUGGCUUCGAUACCAGUGGCCGUAACAUGCACAAUUCGGCAGCCCCUGGUUUUUCCCAACCGCAUGAUCCAUUUGCCGGUCUCUCUGGCCACCAUGACGAUGGCGAAGAUGCUCUCGACUUCGAAGACACCUACGACGGGCUUGGUGAUCAGCUAGACGAUGCUGAUGAUGCCUUCAAUGACGAUACAUUUGGCGGCGGAGCGGUUAGCGGCGCAGGAGCCCCUAACGGCAAGGUUGGCAAAGACUUCGACUUCUUUGGACAAACUGCUCAAGUUGCAAAUGCCAUAGAGGAGGAGCAUCUCCGCUUCAACCGGCUCCAGCCAACUGCACGGGCCAGCGCCUCGCAGCACCAGACCCAGCCUGCUCCCUCCGCCCAGUCAUACGCCCAGCAGCCAUAUGCUCAACAGGCCUACGCACAGCAGUCAUAUGGACAGUCUUACUAUACAGAGCCCGUGCCCAUUCGCACCGGCUAUGAAAAGUACAAUGAACCUGAGCCUCUCCCGGAUUUGCAUGUCGACCAGAGCAUUUGGGGCAUUGGCCCCUCCAAGGCCGCUGCUGCCCCGAAACCCGCUCCUCAGCCAGCUCUAUCUAGCAGCGUUGGCAGGAAGAUGAUGAGCUUGGAAGAGGUUGAGGCGGCCAUGCGCGCGCAAGCAAAGCCAUCGCCACAGCCAGCCAUCUCGGAGCUUGCUGCGCAUCAGCAUGCUCCUUCUGGCUACCCACCCGCUCAGCAUGCCUCUCCUCUCCCUCAACACGGCCACGCGCAACCUGUCACCAUCUUACAGCGACCUCAAGCCUCACAGGCCAAGGUUACACCCACUCCGGCGGCCAAGCUGCCUGUCCCUCCCGGGCAGCAUGACCAACACAACAACUUUCAACGACAGCCCGUUCCCCCGGUUCAGCCCAUGCAAAUCCUCCAAAAUCCCAACCGCUUGUCUACCGAUGCAGCUCGUACAGCUGUUGACCAAGAGCACUCUCAAUCGCCAAGUGUUGCCUCUAAGCUGGCGCAAAUGAGCGCCCAUCCUCAGCUGGCUCACAUGUCCGAGGAAGAAAAGGCAGCGUUUUUGGACCAGGAGACAAAACGAGCGAAGCGUAAUCACAAGAUUUGGCUUCUGUCCAAGGAUAACGGUGUGAUGACCCCCCAAGACAAGAACUUCAUCACUCGUAUCCAGCUCCAGCAGCUCGUUUCCGCAACAGGCAACCCUGUCGAGCAGAGUUCCGACGCCUCCCUCUCUGAGGACUUCUAUUAUCAGGUCUAUAGCCACAUUCGUGCCGGCCAGCGUCAAAAUCCUAGCCAGCCUCUCAGCAAUUUUGCUCAGACCUAUCUUUUCCAGACCGGUGGCCGUCAUGGCAACAUGCGCCGCCAUGGUAGACCUGCUGAGAAUCACAUUCAGCGAAUGGAGCAACAGGUCCAGCGGGCUGUUGAGGCGGCCAAGAACAAGCCAAAGAAUCCCCAGCUCGUAAUUGCUGGUAGUUUGGGCAAGAUCUCCUUUAGCAAUGCCAAAACUCCGAAGCCCCUACUCAAUAUCAAGCGUACUGCGGAGAAUGAAGCUCACCACCACCGAGCAGGUAGUGAGAGGAAGUCACCUGCUAGCAGCCUUGAUCGCAAAACCAUUUUGCGCAAUGCCGAGAAGGUCUACGUUACUUUGAUGAAGAUUGAAGACCACGUCCGACUCAUGCCCCCUCCUCUUACCAACCAAGCAGACCAAGCGCUGCAGGAGAAGCAUAGAGAGUGGGCCACGGAACUGGAGGCUCUGAAUGCCCGACUUUGGGAAGAACUCAAGGUACACGAGCCCAUCGGAGUCAUCGUUCCUCACCCUUUCAUUGCCUUCCUGUCUUGCGCAAAGGGCAAGAAGGCCAUUCCCCGAAUCUUCCCCCACCUCAGCUUCGAACAACGGACCACAAUCAUGACGAUGAUUAUCUACCACCUCGAUCAGCUGGACGUCGUGAAGGGAGCGGCUGUGUCCGAUGACGAGACUGUUCUGAACGCAAGGAUGCGAGAGAAUAUUGACUUGUUCAUGUCGACUGUUAUGCCAUCACUGAUGCAAUUCUUUAACGACACUGGCCUUGACAUUGUGGAUGGCGUGUUGAACCUGAUUGCUACAAACCUGAACGUUGAUGCGAUUGCCAAAACCAGGGUCGGAGUUUCAAUGCUCACAUUGAUUCUUAGCCGUGCUGUGCUUCUUAAGCAGACUGGUGGCGGCGCCCCUGAACAAUGGGAGAAGUGGGAUCAAACAUACGAGACCCUCUUCAGCCGACUGGAAGUGUCGCUGCCCUACAUGUUCCCCGGCAGCAUCAAUUCCGGAUCAGAUGUUUAUGUCUGGCAGCUCCUUGCAGCUCUCGGUGUAAGUGCCAGCAACGACCAGCAGACUCGCCUAGUCCUUGCCGUCAAAGACAGGGUCAUUGGCACCAUCUCUCUAGCAAAGACCCUUCCCCCGACAAUGGCAGCGGAGCGGCUUAGCAGUGUCAACUUGUUCCUGCAUUCCAUUGGCCUGGAUGUAGACAUGUUGAUGGGACAGUAA